AUGGCUACUCAAGUCUUGAUCGCCCACACGGGCCGGCGCCUUGAAGUAGACACGGCGCAGUUCUCCAAUCUAGACGAAUUCAAAGCCUGGGUCAGCAAGCAUGGCGCAGUCCCUACCCAACACUUUGUCGCCUUGACGCCACAGGGCCGAGCCAUCAAGCCUACGGGCUUGUGGAACGAGAAAGACAUAUUUGUGUACGAUGCGCGCACGACUCAGCGCCAGUCGCAGGGGUCGCCGACCAUAGUAUCUAAAUUACCCUCUCCGAAACCGCCAGCGAUUCCAGCCGCCCCCAACAUGAUAGAAGAUGUGAAAGCCAUCGGAUCAUGGCAGAAGCUUUGCGAGAGUCGGCGGACUUGGGCUCUGAGAGUGGCAGACGAUUGCGGCCAGAUGGACAGCACCGUUCGCGCGCGGUUUGAUGAGAUCGACGUGAUGAUCAAGUGUCUUGAUGCAGCCAUUAUCAAUCUCGAGAUCAGCGUCAAACAAAUCGAACCCAAGCACACCGAACUGAAGAAAUGGGUAGCGCCUGCGCUAGAGGAACACUCUCGCCUGGCGUCGUCAUGGCAGCAGUACCUGGAGCUUGCGAGCAACGUCCCUGUCGCACCCGCCAUGGUCAAGUUCAUGACGAGAGGCGCGGUUACCAAGGGUGCACACACGCUCGAGGACCUCAUUGAGCCUGAAACAGCUAAGAAAGCGGGUAAACUUGCCGCGACGGCCAAUCGCAGAUUCAGCGAGAAGGCUACAGAGUUAGACAGGACCACGAACAGAAUGUACGAGGACUUGCAGCAGUUGAUCGGAGAAUUUGAUGCCCUCACAAACCGCUCCGUGUUGGCACGCCAUGACGAGUCGUCGCAAAUCGUUCAGGAUAUUGAGCCUGUCUCGAAACAGCUCGACGCGGAUUACAAGACAGUCUUGACCUACAGCGACGCUCAGAAGGACGUGGCCCAGGCCUCAAAAACAGCUUCCAUCCACACGGAGCGUUUGGUCCCCAAUUUGCAGAAGAGGGCUCAAGAGAUGGCGGAGCUAAUGCGGUAUGCGACAGAAGCCCGGAAUGCCAUCGCCGCAGAUGCAGUGAGCUUUAUGAGGGCCAUUACAGAAGUCACGUCUCUUCGAGGAAACGUGAAAGACCAGAUUAACUUGCUGAAUCAGUCCGAAGACGACCUGACAACCUUUGAUUACCUCCGACUGAUACAGCAAUUGCCAUACAUGUAUGCGUCGUUCGUGGCAGAAGCGGUGCGGCGUCACGAAUGGAAUGACAAGGUCAAAGCCGAUUCAACAACACUUGCCAACGAAAUGGCGCUGUUCCAGGACGAGGAAUCGAAACGCCGGCGCCGGUGGCAGAAGAUGGUCGGUAGCACCUAUGGGCCCGGGCUGGACACCAACGUGAUGGGACUCGAGGUUAGCGUAAUGGGCGACGACACCUCGUGGCCACCAAUGAGCAAACAAGAGCUGGACUCGUAUUACGAUACCCUGCGCGGGCUGGCAACCGAAGAGGCCAUUUUGGAAGACAUAGCCCAGCUGAUCCAGGAGAUCAGCAGUCCCACAAAACAGCAGUCCAAGCGAGUCAAGGCUUUCAAGAAUGGCAGCGUUUUCGAAGCUGCCCUUGGCCGCAGCGGCCUCAUGAUUCGAGGGGAUGAUGAUCUGCUCCGCACGCUUCAGGAGGAUAAGAUGAAAUUGGACAGCAAGCUCAAAACGGCAGAAAGCAGGGUCCGUCGCCUGGAGGAUCUUCUCCACAGGCAGUCUCAGGCGAGCCGACCGGGGAAUUUGUUCCAACCUGGCCACGAGAGAAACGGUUCCAUAUCUUCUAUCAAAUCAUCCCGGCCCGAUGGCCAGCAAGCCGUGACGGACGGGACAGAUGCAAUGGUCCGGCGUAUUGCUGAGCUCGAAAAUGAAUUGAAGGAGGAAAAGCAGAAUUCGGCGCGCAUGCAGACGGAACUUGCAGCCAAUGCGGUCCAAUAUGGCAACAUGAAGGAUCAGUUCACCGAGGCAAAUACGACAAAGAAGGACCUACUAGAGAACAUGGAGGCAUUCAAACGCGAGUUUCUUGAGGAGAGAAAGUCUCUGGAAGAUGAGAUUCGAGACCUUCACGCGCGUCUAGAGAACACCGAGGACGAGAUGGAGCACUUGGGUGACUCGAAAGAGAGAGCCCGAACUUCGCACGAGACUAAGAUCGAGCAGCUGCAAGCAGAGCUGGAGCGUCUGAGCGAGCAGCAUCGCGAUGAGUCGCAAAAGGCGCAAGGUCAGGUGAAGUUUCUCCGGAACGACGCUCGAAUGCUGCAUGACCAGCGUGAGACACAAGAGCGCGAGCUCGAAAGUGUCAGGGAGACUGGCAGACACGUUGCGAAACAGCUUGAGGCGCUCGGAGUAGUAGCUGAUGGCUACCUGGGGAGCCUCAAGACCCUCCACGAUUACAUCGGCCCUCAGGACUCAAUGCCCGAGGACGCUGACCUGGGCGAUGUGCUGCAAGAAGCAGCCACCAAGUUGCUUUCUAGGCUGGAAGGUUUGCAGAGUGAUACGGACAUCGUGCGCAACGACCUCGAGGAAACUCGCAGCGCUGGAAAGACCCUCCGUGACGAGCUGACUGCCACUGAGCAGAGGCUCGCUUCAGAGGAGGCGGCCUCACUCAAGGCGCGCAACGAAGUCGCCGAGGAGUCCGCCAAGGUGGAGGCCCUUGAGACGGAACUCGCAGGCGUCAUGGAAGAACUGCGCAAGCUGCGAGCGCGUUUGGACGAUGGCGAGAGUGGCUCGGGAACACUACAGAAGCAGCUGGAAGACGAAGAGAAGAAGGUCGUCAACCUGACCGAGCAGCUUGCGGCGCGCCAGUCGCGGGUCGGUAGCCUAGAGGAAGAAGCGCGCAUGUACAAGGAGAAGGCGGAAGACUCGCAAGGCAAGCUGUCCGAACUCCAGCGACGCUUCGAAAGCCGCGACGAACGGUCAAAGGACCUCACACAACGGCUGUAUUCGCAGAAUGACCGCAUGUGUCACCUCCUCGAGCGCCUAGGCUAUGCCGUCUCUCGCAGCGACGGGUCCAUCACGAUUACGAAGGUUCCCCGUGCGGAGCGGGCCACGCAAAACCCGAAUGACUCCUCUGACCCAGGAUCGUCCCUGCGAAAGUCAAGUGUGUUCAAGCCGGGCAUGCUUGGUGCCAAGGCCCUGCAUGACAGUGCCGACCUCGAUCUUCUCAACUGGGCCAACAGUCACGAUCUCGAUGGUGAGGACGAAAGGUACAAGGUGUUUGUGAGCAAGCUUGGGGACUUUGACGUGGAUCAGUUCUCGGACACUGUCUACCAGAAGAUCAAGGAGGUGGAGCACAAGGCACGUAAAUGGCAGAAGGAGGCCAAGUCGUACCGAGAUCGCGCGCACGCCGAGCACAAGGACGCCCACAACAAGCUGGCCUUUAAGAGCUUCAAGGAGGGCGACCUGGCGCUCUUCCUGCCAACCAGGAAUCAGCAAGCCGGGGCAUGGGCUGCAUUCAACGUCGGCGCACCUCACUACUUUCUGCGAGAGCAGGACGCGCACCGCCUGCGUCAUCGCGAGUGGCUCGUGGCGCGGAUCACGCGCAUACAAGAGCGGGUGGUCGACCUGUCCAGGAGCAUGCAGUCGGGGAACGACGAAGAGUCGAUCAACGACGAGAACGAGAAUCCGUUUCAGCUGUCCGACGGACUGCGCUGGUACCUCAUUGACGCGCAGGAGGACAAGCCCGGUGCGCCGUCCACGCCGGGUAUGGGCAAGUCGACAGUCGCCGCUAACACCGUCGAGGCCACGGCAAACAUCCAUACCCACGCGGUCAUCAGCAAAGGCAAACCGAAGGACAGUGCGGCGGGCCUCGAGAAGACGUUGUCAAAGAGCUUGGAAAGCCGCAGAAGCAGCUCGAGCUCCAAGAGGGCUGUCCCUCUUACCAGCGCUGGCGCGCAAGCACUCCUCAAGCCCGGGGUCGUAGUCAGUGAGACGAACUCUCUCCGAGCCGCUGCACCAGAAACGCCGUCUGCGACCAGUCCCACACAGCCCGGCAGCCCCCUCAGCGCACGCCCGCCGGCGACGGACAGGGACCUAGCAGGGCCUAGCAGGGCGAAGGGGAAGGCGGCAGUCCCCGCUGACAAUGACAGCGCCAAACCGUCAGAGGUACGCCAAGUCGAUACGCUCUUUGGGCCCUGA